GCCCAUCAUGGCGUCUCCCAGCGGCUGCCGGCCGCAGCCCGGCGGGGCCGGAGCCGACAGCGGGGCCGGCGCCGGGCCGGCGGCUCUGCGGGGAGCCGAGGAGGAUGCCGAGGGGCUCUACGUGGCGGUGGAGCGCUGCCCGCUCUGCAACACCACCCGUCGCCGCCUCACCUGCGCCAAGUGCGUCCAGAGCGGCGACUUCGUCUUCUUCGAUGGGCGCGACUCCGAGAGGUUCUCAGACAAGAAAGAAAGGCUGAUGCAUCUUAAAAACAAACAGAGGGAAUUCCAAAAACAUGUUUUGAAGGCCAUGGAAGGGAAAGAGAUAACUGAUCAGCUGAGAUGGAAAAUCAUGUCUUGCAAGAUGAGGAUUGAGCAGCUGAAACAGACCAUUUGCAAAGAAAAUGAUGAAAUGACAAGACACACGGAGGGGCUUCUGAGAAUUAAAGAGGAGAAUCAGAAGCAUUAUCGCAGGGCUCAGAGGCAUCAGGAGAAGAAAGAGAAGAUCCAGAGGCACAAUCGUAAGCUGGGAGAGCUGGUGGAGAAAAAAACCUUGGACUUGAAAACCCAAUAUGAGCAUCUGGCAAAUCUCCGUCGGACGCACAUCCUGGAGCUCACAUCAGUCAUAUUUCCCAUCGAAGAAGUAAAGACAAGCGUGAGAGACCCUGCAGAUGUGUCUUGUGAGAGUGACAAUGCGAUGACCUCCAGCACUGUGAGCAAGCUGGCAGAAGCCAGGAGAACCACCUACCUCUCUGGGAGAUGGGUGUGUGACGAUCACAACGGGGACACCAGCAUCAGUAUCACAGGGCCCUGGAUAACCCUGCCUAAUAAUGGAGACUACUCAGCGUAUUACAACUGGGUGGAAGAGAAGAAGACUACACAAGGACCAGAUAUGGAGCAUAAUAACCCUGCUUAUACCAUCAGUGCUGCAUUGUGCUAUGCAACUCAGCUGGUGAACACUUUGUCUCUCAUACUUGACGUAAAUCUUCCCAAGAAGCUCUGCAACAGCGAGUUCUGUGGAGAGAAUCUCAGCAGACACAGGUUCACGCGGGCAGUGAAGAAGCUGAAUGCUAAUAUCCUUCACCUUUGCUUCUCUCAGCAUGUAAAUUUAGAUCUGUUGCACCCACUGCACACGCUCAGGAACCUUAUGUACCUGGUCAGCCCAGACUCUGAGAACUUGGGCAGGUCUGGGCCUUUUGAAAUCAGCGCUGAUCUGGAAGACUCGAUGGAGUUCGUGGAUCCCAGCGCCACAGGCGAAACGGAUGAGAGCGGAGACGAGCACGUCAGCGACGAGGAGACAGACCUGGGCACAGACUGGGAGAACCUGCCAAGCCCCAGGUUCUGCGACAUCCCCUCGCAGCAGGCGGAGAUGCUGCAGAGCCAGAGCUCGCAGGUGUCGCAGCCCAUCGCCAGCAGCAGCGCCGGAGGGAUGAUCUCGUCCGCCGCCGCCUCGGUGACCUCGUGGCUGAAGGCCUACACCGGCCACCGCUGACGGGCUGGCACGGGCACCCACGCCUUCCUGGAAGGAACACUGUAGAAACCUUACAUAUAUUCAGUUAAGUAGUGCCUGGAACAACAAAAAGGUCAGACUUCCAUUUUAUAAACCGGAAAGAACCCCUUUUUAUUUACCCAAGACGACUGUGAUGGUACCGUUGUGUAAAUUAACCGGCUCCCUCCUCCCGAUGGGCUCUGUGGCGGCACGUUGUGUCCUGCUUCUGUCUCUGCCUUGUGGAGUCUCCAAGAAAAAGGGACCCAGCAGCCUCCAGCUCUGCUUUCUGAAGAAGAAACAGCUUUUGGGCCGGGAGGAGCACGGAGAGAAGGCUGCUCAGCGGGCAGGCCGGGGCAGGGCUGGGGCAAACGCAGCUCACCUUUUCUGAACUCCUUCACAGGCUUUUGGUUUCUGUGUGUUUUAAAUCUGUCUUGCAGAAUGCAAAGAUGCGUCUUUCUAGAUUUUUUUUUCAUCCAGGACACAAUACUUAUGGGUUUUUAACAUGUUUUCUAAUCUCUGUUGCCAUAUUUUUAAUACGGGAACUGACACGGCCAAGCGCUCUUCUUUCAGAUUGGGUGGGGAAUCUUGACCCAGUUGUGCCGCAGAAAACUGGCUUGUCUCGUGCUGUUUCCGCCAGUGGGCAGUCUGAAAGGUUCCGUGUCGUGCUGUCCAAAGCACACGGGCUCUUUACUCUUAAUAUCACACACCAAAGAAACACUGGACGUUGUCCUGGCCAGACCCCGCGUGUGAUGCUGAGACGGGAUCGCCUCGUUGCAAUAAUCUCCAUCCCUCGCCUUGCCGCUUCUGUCACGUUAGCGAGACCUCGUUUCCAGUCCGUUUGAAGGCACAGGGUCUGCACGCUACACCCAUUUGAAACCCCCUUCUGUUGUAUGUUUAGGGCAGAGUUGGUUUUGUUUACUGAAUGCCAAGAGGGCGACUUCAUGCCCCCUGAAGCCCAGCGAGCCCCAGGCCAGGGCUGCUGGAUGAGGAUGGUGUCUCAGCUCUGUCUGUGGCCUCGGGGCAUCUGCUGGCAGUGGUUUCUUUUUCAGUUUUCUUUUUAAACCAAAGACCCUUAACUCCCCUUUGCUGGGUGAAGACACCCUCGGUCCUGCCCUUCUUUUGCUCCAAGUCCAAGAGUUGGGUUCAUUUUGAGAGCAGCCCAGCCUUCCUUUGCCUCCAGCCCCACUUUGGUCACCCUUCAGUUCACAGCACUUUACUCCCCAGCCCCCCAGGAUCCUUUGCAGCUCUGAGCACACGCUCACCAGUACUGUAUUUCGGGCUCUUUGCAUUGCACAGCCCCUUCUGCUUCCCCCUUUAUUUUGCACUGGACCCCACCACACAAAUACCUUUGUUGUUGCUGUUGUCACUACUCAUUUCAGUCGCUCCCGCGUUGCUGCCUUCGUGCUACUCGGAGCCCUUCAAGGUCAGGCCACGACUUUGUACCCUGUCAUCUACUGACUCGGGGAAAGAAAAGCCAACACAACCACCCUCUCCCCCCCUGUUUUUAAGCCAUAUACUUCAUAACCAUCACGUUUUCCAGGUGAUUUCUUUGCAGCCACGUCACACUCUGGGAGUGCACAGGCCCAGUGCGCCGGGGCAGCGCCUUUCACGCCACGCUCUUGUAACGGGACAGACACUGCGGUUUGGUUUUGCGUUCUGAAGUGUUUUGCACAUGUGUGUAGCUAAGGAAGAAUUGUGUGUGUGUCCAAACCUGAGUGCAAUUGCCAGGAUUAGUUUUCCAGGUUGUUUUUUGGGGGGGGCAGGGGAGGGAAGGCAGGACUAUCCAUACUUAGGAGUAGCUGAAGCCAAGCAGCUGAGAGUUUACAGAACACUUUGCAUAGCAUGAACGUGGGAAUUUCAGUUCAGGCCCUGGCUUUUGGCUGUGACCAGUGAUCAAAACCCCGGGGCCUCUCUCUGCAACUUCCGAACUAGAUGUAACUGAAACACAAAUGUUUGGGGUUUGUUGGUUGUUUUGGGUUGGUUUUUGUUUUGUUUUUCUAAAUUUUAUUGUAUUAUUGCAAUAAAUCUUUAACAGGAA